GGAGAUUGUUGUUUUGUUUUUCCUCGUACAGGACAUCACGGAUCAUCACUCUUCUUCUUCUCUCUUUCUAAGGUUUCCCUUCUGCAAUAAAAAUAUCCUUGCUUUAACAAAGAAAAUAAAAUUUGCGAUUUUGGUAUUAAUUAGGAAAAACUUUUGAGGAGAUUUAUUUUAAUAAAACCCUUAAAUCAAAAUUAAGGAAAAUAAUAAGAAAAAAAGAUGGAUCCUAUGGUGAUAGGAGCAAGGGAAAUAAGUUUUGGAGACUCCAAUGAUUUCGAGAAGGAAUCGAAGCUCUCGCUUGGCGAACGUCUUAAGGUUUUUAAAAGUUCCCAAUUUGAUCCUGAUGCUUUCAUCGAUUCGAAAUGUCAUAGAAUGGCCGAAAAGGAGCUAAAGCAUUUAACAAUGUAUCUCAAGGAACUUAAGAAGGAAUCGGCUGAGGAGAUGCGUAAGAGUGUUUAUGCUAAUUAUUCUGCUUUUAUACGGACUGCAAAGGAAAUAUCAGCACUUGAGGGUCAACUUCUAUCACUUCGAAACUUGUUAUCAACUCAAGCAGCAGUUGUUCAUGGCUUAUCAGAUGGAGUCCAUGUAAACUCUUUAUCACCGGGUCUAGAAGGUCCAACAGAUGAAGACAUGUCUAGGAAUAAAAAUAACGAGGUUACUAGGAUUGAGACAUGGUUGAAUGAAUUCCUCGAGUCCCUAGAAGUGCUCUUAGCAGAGAGAAGGGUAGAGGAAGCAUUAACAGCCCUAGAUGAAACAGAUAGAGUGGUUGAAGAUGCCAAUGACAGAGGAUCCCUUAAACAAACGAUUCUAAUAUCACUCCAAAACGCCAUUAUGGCAAGCAAACUGAAGUUAGCUGAUCAGCUAGUUGAAACAGCUAGCCAGUCUUCUACCAAAGGUGCUGAGAGAAGAGCAGUUGUAACGGCACUUAAAAGACUUGGUGAUGGUCUAAGGGCUCAUACAUUACUUUUAAAUGCACAUCAUCAGAAACUUCACCACACUAUGCAAAUUCUAAAGCCUACAGCAACUUCUAAUGUCAGUCCUGGUGCAGCUUAUUGCACUAGUUUGUCACAACUCGUGUUCUCCACCAUAGCUCAAGCUUCAAGUGAUUCUCUAGCUGUUUUUGGGGAGGAUACUUCAUAUACAUCAGAAUUAGUGUCUUGGGCAGUUAAGGAAACUAAGAAUUUUGGUGUUUUGGUAAGAAGGCAAUCCCUUGCUCAGUCAGCUGCUUCAGGGAAUCUGAGAGCUGCUGCUCAGUGCGUGCAAAUAUGUUUAGGACAUUGUUCAUUGCUUGAGUCUCAAGGACUUUCACUCUCUCCUGUUAUUCUGAAAGAUUUCAAGCCACUUGUUGAACAGGCACUUAGUGCUAAUCUGAGAAGGAUCGAACAGAACUGUGCUGCUCUUGCUUCUUCUGACGACUGGUCUUUGAAACAUCCACAUGGUGGGGGUGUCAAUCAAUCUAGGCUCAGUAGCAGUGCCAACAGAUUCAAUUCUAUGGUCCAGGAUCUUUUUGAAGACGUGGAACCCCUAGAGACUUUACAGCUGGGAACUCCAUUGCUCGAAGGGUUAAUACAAGUUUUUCAUUCCUUCGUGAACACCCUAAUAAGCGCGUUCCCAGUAUCAGUAACCGAAGCAACCCAAGAUGGUCUAGGAGUCCCAAUUGUCAAGGUGGCCGAGACUGAAGCCCAACAACUAGCUUUGCUAGCCAAUGCACUCCUUCUAGCUGACGAGUUUCUCCCACGUGCUGCUGCAAAGAUGUUGCCCUUAAACCAUACUAUUAGGGAUGAAGAACCUUCAAGAAGAGAUAUAGACAGACAAAACCGUGUACUAGAGCAGAGAGACUGGAAGAAGAGGCUUCAAAAAUCUGUUGACAGGUUAAGAGACAGCUUCUGCAGACAACAUGCCCUUGAGCUUAUCUUUACUGAUGAUGGUGAACUUCGACUUACAGCACACAUGUACACUAGAUUGGAUGGUUAUGCUGAGGAACCUGAGUGGUUCCCUUCUUCAAUUUUCCAGGAGUUGUACAUGAGGUUGAGUCAGAUAGCAACACUUGCAUCGGAGAUGUUUGUAGGAAGGGAAAGGUUCGCGACAUUACUGCUAAUAAGAUUGACAGAGACAAUAAUUUUGUGGAUUUCUGAUGAUCAAACCUUUUGGGAAGAAAUUGAGCAGGGGACCAAGCCUUUAGGUCCUUUUGGCCUUCAACAGUUUUACUUAGAUAUGGAGUUUGUGAUGCUUUUUGCAUCCCAAGGCCGGUUCUUGUCUCGAAAUCUCCAACAGGUAGCUAAAAACAUCAUUGCUAGAGCAAUCGAUGCAGUGUCUGCUACUGGGAUUGAUCCUUACAGUUCUUUGCCUGAAGAUGAAUGGUUUGCCGAAGUAGCUCAAAUAGCACUAAAAAUGUUAACAGGAAAUGCCAACUUUGAAAAUGAAGACCGGGAAGCUGUCAGCCCCACAGUAUCAGUUUCAGGAAGAUCAAUGACAUCAGGUUUUUCUCAUGGGAGCCUUGCGAGUAUGUAAUUAACUAUCUGUAAUCAUCAGAUUUUUGUAACUUACAGUAAGAUGGAAGGUCAAAUCACACAUGUAAUUUACUAAUUUUCAAUACGACUUUUGCGCGUUUUAGGAGCUUAUUGUCAAAAAUCUCACAAGUAAACUUAUCUGUGAUCCAACUUCAAACAAUUGUUUUUGCACGAUUUCGUUUUCGAUCUCAUUACAAGAAUUUACUAGUAAGUAGAGGGACUAAAUGUACGUAUUCAUAGGGUUGACCUAUAGCUAAUUAUUUAUAACUUAA